GCAUACCUACUUUAUAUGGACUGUUACACAAAUAAAGAAGCUGGUAUAAAACCGGAACUGUUUUUGGAGGAAAAACGCCUAUUGGUGGAACAACAAUCCGUAAAAAUGCAGUUGUUUUUCCGAGGUCAGAGCACCCAUUUGCUUGAAUGUGGCGAGUUAGAAACUGUUGGACAGAUAAAGGAACGCAUUGCGUCACUUGAAGGAUUAAAGACAUCAGAAGUCACAUUAUAUUGUGCUGGCAGUCCUCUUAGUGAUGAUAUUUCAGUGUCGUCCUUCGAGGAACAUGCUAACCUUGAGGUAACAGUUGGGCUUCUUGGUGGUAAAGUUCAUGGAUCUCUGGCUCGUGCUGGUAAGGUGAAAGGUCAGACUCCAAAAGUGGAGAAACAGGAGAAGAAAAAAAAGAAGACUGGUCGUGCUAAGAGGAGAAUCCAAUACAACAGAAGAUUUGUGAAUGUAGUAGCUUCCUUUGGACGUAGAAGGGGGCCUAACUCAAAUUCCGGACCAUCCACAUAAAUAGCUAUGUAAUAUUUUCAUUUAAAUAAAAAUAAUGGAUAAUGGAUACUCCAAAUUAAAA